CCCCAGGUGAGACUUCUCUCUGACCUCUUACAGAUAUAUGACUAACUAUGAGCCAUGUGACUAAGUUUUUAAGCCCUCCCAUUCAUUCCACAUGGACAGAACCCUAUUGACCUCAGCCAGAGUUCUUCUGCUACUGGGUCCUGAGGCACUGGAGCUCCUGCCUGGCACUUCGCUGGGUCCUAAAGAUCCCACUGUUGAUUAUUACUUUCACUUAUUUGGGCUUUUCAGCCUGCACGUUCAGAGCUGUGCCAGCUAUGAUCAUGUUGUUUGGACCAUGGUGGCCCAAAGGCUCAUCGAAGCUCUUUAGCAUCGGAAAUCAAUGAUGGGAGAUCGAUGGUGGAAUGUUUUUGACAAGCCGGACCAUAGUGCUAGGAAAAGGGGUCAUGCAAUCGUUAGUCUGUCUGGUGAAUUCUGGUGGAGAGAUCAGAGCUGAACUGGUUUCAGUUGAAAAGUGGAAAGGGAGAAAAUGCCAGACUUUUCUGAGGAAGGGCUGGACCACUACCUACUGAAUCAAGUGGACCUGCGGCACCGUACAGUCGGCAGGCGUGUUGAGGAGGUUCUGACGGUGCUCAGAGAUCUGACCACUGAGGUCAGCAAGAAAGACGGACGCUUCCAGUCCAUCGCCCACGCUGGAGUCAACAACGAGAACAUCAAGGACCAGCCUGCCAUGGUGUCUAAAUGGGCAGCCCUCCUGAGAGGCAGAUGUUCCUUCAACCCAGCCAUCCAGGUCCUGACUUCCAGCCUGGUUUUGGUCAGUGUUCCGGUGCGGGGGUUGAUUGGAUAUCAUGAGCAUGUGGCUCGUCAGUGGAGAUACUAUUCUCUGACUGGCUCCAUUCUCCCCACUCCUGUCCGUGAGCCAGAGAAACUCCACCAAUGGCUGGAGCUGGAGAGCUUCACAAGCCCCGCCCAGGACUGGCAGGAUGCCAAAGUGUGUGUUGAGGGAGACAUUGUACCGGCCAAGGUGGUCAGUCUCUUCAGAGAACAACUAGAGACCGCCAUACUGACCUGCAGCUUCAGUGGUAAGGUUCAGCAUCUUGGAGUCUGUGGGUUCGGUAGUGCGUGUUGCCAUAGAGACGGCGGAGGGUGUGAUGGAGGCAGAACUUGUUCCCACUGUGGAGCUGAUCAACUAUUGGCCGAAGAAAGCCCGCUGGCCCCGCCUUCUGCAGCGCUGGCCAACCACAGAGAGAGCUCGCUGCAUCAAGGUCUCAGCUUGGAAACAUGCUUUCUAACCCUUAUAACCUUCUACACCCUAACUUACUUUCUCUCUAUCUCUCCCUCUCUUCAGUCGUUUGGGUUUAACCUCAUGGCAACGUCUAAUUACCACUGGCUGUUGUCGUUCUCACGGGCGGAGCAGGCGUUGCUAGUGGCCGUUGAUGAGGACGGUGGUUGCCGUAGGAAGUGUUACCGUGUUGUCAGACAGCUGAAGGAGGACACCUGGUGUCCCGGCACCAAGCCUGUCAUCACAGCCUUCCACCUGCAGACUCUGUUGUUCUGGUGCUGUGAGAAGUUUCCAUGUGGGCGUGACUGGCGCUGUGUAAAGGAGUGUGUGCUGCGUGUAGCCAGGAAGCUGUUGAAGUGUGUGAGCCAGCGCUACCUGAGACACUACUUUGUCCGCUCCUACAACCUGCUGAAGUACAGUAACACCACAGAGUUAGACCACACAGCCCAGAAGAUCAAUGACUUUAUAGCCAACCCCAGCCUCUAUGUCCACUAAACACUGAUUAUUAACACCAAUUCUAGCAUGAUAUUUUUAUUGCUAUUAUUCUUGUCUAUCCUAAUGUUGCAAACAUAAAAUUAAUACAAGGUUGUGUUCAGUAGGGCACAGCCUACCAAAACAUUUGUAGCAGUAGCUUUUUACUUAGUCAAAUUCCUGUACAUGCAAAUGUCUUUGGUGAAUAAAGAUGAUUCUGAUUCACAGCAUAGCAAAACAUUUUGCAUGAGGUAAUGAACAUCCUUAUUGAACAAGUCAGAAGUUGUUUUUAUUCUGUACCUAAAUAAAGUAGUUUUCUUAUAUUGCA